AAUCUGGUCACACUGAAGCGUACACUUCCAUUUUCUCGACCCUUUCGGCGAAUAGAGAGCACGUGUUUGCUUGCCGGUCGCGUUCAACUAAUUCUAUCGUGCAAAAGUUUCCCGUCAGACUUUCAGUCUGUUCGAUUCUGGUGACGGAAGGUCGAAAGCUUCUGAUCGUCGUAGAGGCAGGUUAACAUGAAUCCUGAAAAGUUGAAGAAGCUACAGGCUCAAGUACGAAUCGGCGGUAAGGGAACACCCCGACGCAAGAAGAAGGUUGUGCACGCGACUACUGCCACAGAUGAUAAAAAACUACAAAGUUGUUUGAAAAAGUUAUCCGUGAACACAGUUCCUGGCAUAGAGGAGGUUAAUAUGAUCAAGGAUGACGGUACCGUCAUUCAUUUUAAUAAUCCAAAAGCUCAGGCUAGUCUGUCUGCCAACACAUUUGCCAUUACUGGUCAUGGUGACAACAAACAAAUAACUGACAUGCUACCAGGAAUAAUAAGCCAAUUGGGACCUGAAGGAGUUACACAGUUGAAACGAUUAGCGAGUACGGUUUCUAGUAGCACGGUUGGUAAAGCAACGUUGGAAGAGGACGAUGAGGUGCCUGACUUAGUGGAGAAUUUUGAUGAAGCUAGUAAAGAGGAGGUUGCCCCUAAAAAGGAAACAGAUGAAAGUGAUAAAGCAGCUGGUGACAAAAAAGAAGCUGUUACGAAUGAUGAAAAGAAAGAAGCCCCUUUAGCCACGCCUGAAGCUUAAAGCAUUCAGUAUCAAGCUAUUUCGUAUUACAACAUACAGUUGUAACUGACAAGUUGAGAUAUACAAGUUGCGAAAAGCAACGCGUAAACGAAGUAUCACUAUACAUACGUUAUAAAUAUUUGACAUACCCUAUGAUAAUGCUAUAUAAGUAACAGUUAUUAAGAAAUAAAACGAGCUGUUACAGAAAUCAAAAGUUUCUAUGGAAGAUGUUCUUUACUGUGUUGCAUUUGCUAAUUGUAGAUUUUGAUUUGAAGCAGCUGAAAUGAUCUUACUCUUCCCGAGUUAACAAUACUGUUAAUCGUGUACGAGACCCGGUGUUCGAAUUUUAAGCAUUUAAUUUCGAUUGUUCAUUCAUGCGAAGCACGAUGUAAAAUUACGAUUUUAUUCAUAAACACUUUCUUCAUUGUCGUGUUGAGUUCGUAUGCGUUCUUGUUUGACGAUAACGAACUCAAAGAAUCUGUAGGAAUAUCGAUUAGUAAAAUAAAAUAAAGUUUCCGGCAAGUGGUAAUAGUACCCUUCCAAUAAUUUGCAGUGACGUUACACAGACGGAAAAAAAUUUAUAUAGAGUAUAACAAGAGUAAAACAAAAAAAUGCGUGAACUAUUAAGUCACCUCUAUUUUAAUUGAUGGAGUCAAUAACGGUUACGGAUAAGAGCAGUUUUUUGCAGCAGCUUUCCAGCGUGGAAAAUGGGGUGCAAUAUUUUGUAAUGUAAACUAUGGAAUAAAUUCAUUUGCUGGAAAUGCGGGUUUCUACUUAAAAUCUCAUGUUUUUCUGAUACAUUGUAAUCGUAAUUUGUCAAUAUUUAUAUUUUCAUCGAUAGAAUAGAUCUGUAAUAACAGUGUAAUUAUGGAAAUAUACUAAUAAGAGCCACUAUG